CGUGCGCGCGGCCUGCCGGGAGUAGCGGUGUAUCCUGAGCAGCACCCGGUGAAACUGGUCGGAUUCAGCUGCGAGGCGAGCCUGUGGAACGAUUCCCGCGGUUGCUGGAUCUGCGCUCUGCCCUAGCAAGGGCAGACUUUCCUGUGAGAGGAUUUCAAUUUGUUGAAAUGAGCAGUCGUAAAUCAAAGAGUAACAAUUUAAUACAUACAGAGUACCUUUCACAGGUACAAAGAAUUUUACGUGAAAGAUUUUGUUAUCAGAGUUCACAUACUAACCUGUUUGGAGUGCAAGUACAAUAUAAACACUUAAUUGAGCUGCUAAAAAGAACUGCUAUCCAUGGAGAAAGUAACUCCGUUCUCAUUAUUGGACCCCGAGGAUCAGGAAAGACCAUGCUAAUAAACCAUGCUUUGAAAGAACUAAUGGAAGUAGAAGACGUGAGUGAAAAUGUAUUACAAGUUCACCUAAAUGGACUGCUGCAGAUCAAUGAUAAAAUAGCUCUAAAGGAAAUCACAAGGCAGUUAAAUCUGGAAAAUGUAGUUGGAGAUAAAGUUUUUGGAAGCUUUGCUGAAAACCUUUCAUUUAUUCUGGAAGCUUUAAAAAAAGGUGACCGGACUAAUAGUUGUCCAGUGAUCUUCAUAUUAGAUGAAUUCGAUCUCUUUGCUCAUCAUAGAAACCAAACACUCCUCUAUAAUCUCUUUGACAUUUCUCAGUCUGCACAGACUCCAAUAGCAGUUAUUGGUCUUACAUGUAGAUUGGAUAUUCUGGAACUCUUAGAAAAAAGAGUGAAGUCACGAUUUUCUCACCGGCAGAUGCACUUAAUGAAUUCAUUUGGUUUCCCCCAGUAUCUUAAAAUAUUUAAAGAACAAUUAUCUCUACCUGCAGAAUUUCCAGACAAGCUUUUUGCUGAGAAGUGGAAUGAGAAUGUUCAGUGUCUCUCAGAAGAUACAAGUGUGCAAGAAGUCCUACAGAAGCACUUCAAUGUCAGCAAAAGCCUGCGGUCCUUACAUAUGCUAUUGAUGCUUGCUUUAAGUCGUGUAACCACAUCACACCCAUUUAUCACUGCAGCAGAUUUGAUGGAGGCAAACCAGCUGUGUAGCAUGGACUCUAAAGCAAAUAUUGUACAUGGUCUUUCAGUCUUGGAAAUCUGUCUUAUAAUAGCAAUGAAACAUUUAAAUGACAUCUAUGAAGAGGAGCCCUUUAAUUUUCAAAUGGUCUAUAAUGAGUUUCAGAAGUUUGUUCAAAGGAAAGCCCAUUCUGUCUAUAAUUUUGAGAAACCUGUUGUCAUGAAGGCCUUUGAACACUUACAACAAUUAGAAUUAAUAAGGCCCGUGGAAAGAACUUCAGUAAAUGCACAGAGAGAGUACCAGCUGAUGAAACUACUUUUGGAUAAUACUCAAAUUAUGAAUGCUUUGCAGAAAUAUCCCAACUGUCCUACAGAUGUUAGGCAGUGGGCAACAUCCUCACUGAGCUGGUUAUAAGUAUAACCCAGGGCUUCAGGAAUGUAGUUUCCGGCAGACUUCUAAAGAACUAAAAGCUAUUGUCCUUUAAUAAGAUGUGUUAAUACAUUUUUUAUAUUUAUAGACAUGUAUUUUUGUAUUCAUGGGGAACUGUUACACAGGUAGUAUCCUUGGCUAUGUCAUGCCUUUAAAUCAUGAGCAAUUACGUGAUUUAUAAUUCCAGUAAUUUAGACUACGUUGAAUUAGAAGUUCAAAAAAACAAUGGGACUAUUUCUUAGGUAUUGAACCAUAUACUUAUUUAACAGUUAUGAAGUAUUAUUGUGUUACAUUUGAAAUGUUCAUUUUAGUCUAGCAGCCAAUGUUUUUAUAAACAUUAAAGAAAGCAUUAAAGAAACAA